CGGUAAAAGAGAAGAGAAGCAACAAAUUGCUACAACUACAAGCUAGGGCUUUUUUCUUCAUUGCUUCCGAGAAACCUUUGCCAGUACAACUAUGGAUCACGAUGCUACUGCGGAUGUUAACGCUCCUCACUCCAUGGGAACCACGAUCAUCGGUGUUACUUACAACGGCGGAGUUGUUCUGGGCGCCGAUUCCCGAACCAGCACCGGGAUGUAUGUGGCCAAUCGAGCGUCUGAUAAGAUCACACAGCUGACUGACAAUGUCUACAUAUGUCGCUCUGGAUCGGCCGCAGAUUCUCAAAUUGUCUCGGAUUACGUUAGAUAUUUUCUUCAUCAGCACACGAUUCAGCUGGGUCAACCUGCUACUGUGAAAGUUGCUGCUAACCUUGUUAGACUUUUAUCUUACAGCAACAAGAACAUGUUGCAAACCGGUAUAAUUGUUGGGGGUUGGGACAAAUAUGAAGGGGGGAAAAUAUAUGGGAUCCCUCUUGGUGGAACAGUUAUUGAGCAGCCAUUCGCGAUUGGAGGAUCUGGAUCCAGUUAUUUGUACGGGUUCUUCGAUCAAGCCUGGAAGGACGGCAUGACCAAGGAUGAAGCUGAGCAACUGGUGGUGAAGGCUGUUUCACUUGCCAUAGCACGAGAUGGUGCUAGUGGGGGUGUUGUUCGCACUGUCAUUAUAAACUCGGAGGGGGUUACAAGGAACUUCUACCCGGGUGAUAAGCUUCCACUGUGGCAUGAUGAACUGGAGGCACAUGAUUCGUUGCUCGACAUUCUGAACGCUUCAAAUCCCGAGCCAAUGAGCACUUAGAAAGACUUGUUGAUUGUCGAAUUUGAUCCAACACCAAACACAACUAGUCUGGAAUGAAUGCAAUUGAACCGUUGGUCCUAGUAGUAAUUAUUUCCAGCUAGUGUACUCCUGAUUACAGAGUUUGCUUUUUUUGGUUGAAGUUUCAGUUGGAAUCCUCAUCUCGUGUCCAUUUUGGCUUGGAUUUAGUAUGAUCCAUCUUUUUUUAUUAA